UCAUAUCCGUGUCUUCUGUUCCUUUAUCCAAAAAACACACUGUCAUUGCUGUGUGACUUCCACACCAUGAACAGCUUAACGGCGAACUUCACAGCUCGAAUAUGUGGCACACGCCGUGACGUAGUCCCUGUACGACACCGUUCCAUUCACCAAUUCAUUAACAGACGCGUCACUGUUGUUCCCAGAACCACGCUCAUUUCUACAAGAUUCGUCUGCAUGGCGGAACCUUAUCUUAUAUCGAAGCUUGAAUCUGCUGAGAAAACUUGGAAAGAAUUAACGGUGAAGCUUGCUGAUCCAGACAUUGUGUCUAAUCCCAGUGAGUAUCAAAAGUUAGCACAAUCGGUAUCGGAGCUUGAUGUGGUUGUGUCCAUGUAUAAGAGAUUUAAAGACUGUGAGAAGAUGCUUGAAGAAACCAAAGCUUUAGCAAAGGAUGCUGGCAAUGACGAGGAUAUGGCGGAAAUGAUAUCUUACGAAAUUGACUCUUUGUCCAAGCAACUCUCAGAGCUAGAGGACAAUAUGAAGGUUUUACUGCUUCCCAGUGAUCCUCUGGAUGCAAGAAACAUAAUGCUUGAAGUAAGAGCAGGUACCGGUGGUGAUGAGGCUGGAAUAUGGGCUGGUGAUCUUGUCCGAAUGUAUGAAAAAUAUAGUGAACGUAGUUCUUGGAAGCAUUCUGCCAUCUCAUGCUCUGAGGCAGAAAAAGGAGGAUACAAAACUUAUGUGAUGGAGAUCAAAGGAAAUCGUGUCUACAGUAAAUUAAAAUACGAGUCUGGUGUUCACCGAGUUCAACGCGUUCCAUUGACAGAAACACAGGGUCGCGUACAUACUUCUACUGCAACAGUGGCCAUCAUGCCAGAGGCUGAUGAAGUUGAAGUCGUAAUUGAUCCAAAAGAUAUUGAACUGACGACGGCACGUUCUGGGGGUGCUGGAGGCCAGAAUGUUAACAAGGUUGAAACAGCAAUUGAUCUUGUUCAUAAACCAACGGGAAUCCGCAUAUUUUGUACUGAAGAAAGGACUCAGAUUCAGAACAAGAAUCGUGCUUUUCAGUUACUGCGAGCCAAACUAUAUGAGAUAAAGUUAAGGGAGCAGCAAGAGUCAAUACGAAAUCAAAGAAAACUACAGGUUGGUACAGGAGCACGUGCAGAAAAAAUCCGGACAUACAAUUAUAAGGACAAUAGGGUUACUGACCACAGAUUGAAGAAGAACUAUGAACUCACCAAUUUUCUGAAUGGUGACAUAGAGGAUGCUGUUCAGUCUUGUGUCUCGAUGGAACAAAAGGAGCUUAUGGAAGAACUUUCAGAAUCUAUGGGUGCUCAUGCUAGAUGAUGCGCAACAGAUUUCUCCGAUGUGAUCGGAUAGUAUUUUAUGGAUAACUUUCCACUAGAGAAAUAUCUGCAAAUAUAUAUUGUUCUCCUGAAUAUGUCCCGCCACACAUACCGAGUUUGUUGAUUGUCAAUGGGUAGAUACUGGAUAGUUUUACAUGUAAUGUAACACUUGGAUAGUAUUCUGUUGGUAAAAACCUGUUUCAUUAUGUAAAGUGAUGCAAUUAACUUCUUGCAUUUUGUGCUCACUGCAUUGUAAUGAUAUUAUGUGGUAUUGAACUGUAGGUUUGAUUCCCAGCUCCCUCGUCUUUCCUGGGUUUUCAUUGGUUUGGUUUGGUUCGGUUCAACUUAAUGAAUAUGAGAAUCUGAACUGAACCAAAGUAGCAAAAUUUGGUCGUAUGUCCGGUUUGUUUUCACAGUCAAAAUAUACUGUUGGAUGUUCGAUAGAAUUGAAGUUGCAGACUGUAGCUUGAUGUAACUGUGGUGAAAGUUGUUUUGGAAUGCAAGAAAUGAAUGUCUACCACCAA